AUGGAGCAUGAUUCUGAGGAGGUGGUGCUAGAAUGGGGAGAAGGGAAAAAAUGUCCUCGACAAACCUUGGGUGAGGAUCGCAUGAUGUUGGCUACAGGUGGGGUGGAGAAUAUCACUGAGAAGGAAAAUUCAGUUGUUCUUUCCCCGGAAGUUGCCAAAUUAAUGAUUAUCGUCGGCCCGAUCACUCCUGGUCAGGUGUCUUUUUUUCUCGGUAUAUUUCCGAUGAUUUCAGCUUGGGUCUAUGAAGAGUAUUAGUACAAUAAAAAUUCCCUGGCAUCCAAUGCUAGGCAAUCUGAUCUGAGUUCCGUUGAAAGCGGAAACAAUGCCGUUGAAGAGGAUGAUAGAGCGGUUUUGUUGGAAGCCGGAGGUCUUCAAUCAGCUUCUCCUAAAGCUCGAUCCUCAACAUCUUCCUUGUCUCCAUUUUUUAAGUUUCUUAUGAUGGAUGAGACUUUCUUCGUUGAGAACCGGCUGACACUUCGAGCUAUAUCUGAAUUUGGCGUUCUUUUGGCGUAGUAUUACGUCUGCGACCGCACUGAUGUGUUUGCCUCUUCCAAAAAGAACUAUAAUCGGGAUCUCUUCUUGUUCCUCUACUUCCUUCUAAUCAUAGUUUCAGUGAUAACUUCUUAAAUGCACCAUGAUAAGUCACCAUUUUCAGGGAAAUCUAUACUUCAUUUGAACAGACACCAAACUGAGUGGAAAGGUUUGAUGCAGGUUUUGUUUUUGAUGUACCAUUACUUUGCAGCAAAAGAGAUCUAUAAUGCUAUCCAAGUUUUCAUUGCGGCUUAUGUGUGGAUGACUGGAUUUGGGAACUUCUCAUAUUAUUAUGUAGGCAAAGAUUUCAGUCUUGCUAGGUUUGCACAGAUGAUAUGACGACUAAAUUUUUUUUUUUGCUGUGUCGUCCUCAAUAAUAGUUAUAUGUUGUACUAUAUAUGCCCAAUGCAUACUCUGUUUCUUAUGGUUUUUGGAGCACUUGGUAUAUAAAAUGAGUACAACGAGAAAGGGUCAGUCAUUGCUCUAAAAAACAUUGCCUGCUUUUUGGUGGUUAUCCUAGUUUGGGAAGUGCCUGGAGUGUUUGAGGUUCUCUGGAAUCCAUUUACCUUUUCACUUGGAUAUACUGAUCCUGCAAAGCCCAGCUUUCCUCACUUGCAUGAGUGGCAUUUCCUCUCAGGCCUUGAACGUUACAUAUGGAUUAUUGGAAUGAUCUAUGCUUACUACCAUCCAACUUUAAGUUCUGAUGCAAUUAUUUUCCAUCUUUUGGUUGUAUCUUCUGGCUAUGAAAUAAUGCAAUUUACUUAGGAAUAGCAAUGAUCAUACGCUAUUAGUGUUUUCCUUUUAGAGUCGAUUGCUUGAUACUCUGGAGUUAUUGUUGCAGGUUGAACAAUGGAUGGAAAAACUUGAGGAAACAGAGAUGGGGUUAUUCUGGUUUGAAUACAUAUACAAGCUUGACAAGAUCACAUACAAUACCAUCCUUAUACCUCAUGGAUCCCUAUAACUGUGUAUAUAUGUUUACGAAAUGUCACCCAGUCCUUCCGGAGCUACACUUUAACCUUUUUUGCAUGGCUUGGAAAGAUAACACUGGAGACAUAUAUCUCACAGAUCUACAUCUGACUGCGGUAAGUUGAAGUUGAUAACAAAAAAUUGAAGAAGUCAUCUUCGAUCAUCCCGAUUCUCAAAAUAUGGAAAAUCGGUUAGGUUAGGAAAUGAUCUAAAGUAAGUAUAAGGACUUCCAAAUGAAGUGUUACUUUUGUUGCAUUAUUUUUGUUUGCUAUUUACCACUAAUACAAUGAUUCAUUACCAUGUCUGUCUAAAGCAACUCUGAUUGGCUUGGGUUAAAGCACUUAGGAGAUCCUUGGAUUCUAGGGAUCAUAUCAAAUUAGUCCUCUAUUAUUAAAUGGAUCAAUUUAUCCCUAUACUAUUAAAAAGAAUCAAAUGAGUUCAAAUUGUAACAAAGUUAACAUUUGUUGUAUUAGAAAUAUCUUGAAAAUUAUUAUUUAAUUGUAGUUCAAUUCCAAAUAAAAUAUUUCAUUUACGAAACCAUAAAACUUUAAAAAUAUUAACUUUGUUAAACAGUAAAUGUUGACUUUAUUCCAAUUUGGCCUUAUUUGAUUCCUUUUAAUAGUACAGGGAUUAAAUUGAUUUAUUUAAUAAUAGAGGGACUAAUUUGAUACAGUAAUACAGGGAUCUCCUAAGUACUUUCAUCAAUUGGGUUGCAUUAUUGCAUUGUAGAGAUGUUAUUAAUAUAGUGUAAUUUAUAUAAAGAAGUUAAAUAGAUUAUUUGAGCAUUUUUUUUGUAACCACAUAUCCAUCGACAGUCAAAAUUCAGGGAUGAAUAGGAAUGGAAUCCACAUUUAACUAUAAAUUUAGGAGACAACAUUUGCAUGUAUGAUGAACAAAUAAAAAUAACGUUAAACAACAAUUCAAGACAGAGGGAUUUGCCCUUUAAAUAAAUAGAAUAAAAGCUUUAUUCUGAAACAGACAAUUAGGAUCCUGAUUGAAACACAAACCAACCAUGGGAAUUGCCAAUAAUACAUACAUACCAACUCAUAACACAAGUAUAUGUUACAAUCUCAUCAAUGGUUUGUACUUUGUAGCUUACCCUUUCUUUUUCUUCUUCUUUUUUGUCUAAACCAUUUUUUUAAUUUAAAUUGUGUAGAGGUUGAAUCUUAAUGAUUUGAAUUAAAAGGUUGUGUU